UUGAUAUCAAACGGCGAAAUGGCGCAGGGCUCGCUUAUACAACAACGAGGUGAUGCAAGGGCUGAACGUUCAGGAGAGGUGAAGGACGUCUUUGAAUUGUUUUCAAAAGACAAAGACAAAAACCUUCUAAUGCCGGGAGAUUUACAGAUGGCUCUUCAGUGCGUCGGAAUAAAACAAAGCGACAGAGACAAUCUGGAGAAGAAACUGAAAGAAGAGAGCGGAGGCGACGACAAUCCGAUUCAGUACCGAACGUUUGACAUGCUAGUUGGUGAUAUGUUGGAGAGUGGCGCUCCUCAGCAGUCGGAGAUCAUCGAUGCUUUCAAAGUGUUCGAUCGUGAAGGCAAUGGCUACAUCAGUGCAGCGGAAAUAAAGCACUUGCUCGUCGGGCUGCCAGACGAUCUGGACGAAGUUGAGAGUCGAAUUCAGGACCAGUUUGUCGAUGGUGAUGGUCUGAUUAACUACCAGGAGUUCGUUCGUGCUAUCAAUGAGAUGGCAUCUAAUAAACAAUAAGCAUUGCUGACGACUGGUAUUGUAUAGGACAGCAGUCGUGCAACUUUAAAUUGAAUUGAAAUGAAAUCUAGAGGAAUCAAUUCUAUUGUUAUUGUAGAACAUAUAUUGUAAUCAUAGAUAUCAAUUGAGCCAAGCAGAUAGAUGGGUGCAGUAAGUUAUCUUAGCUAUUGAAACAAAUUGCUUGUUUGAAUCCAUAGGUGGUGACCAUGUGUUAUAGGAAAACCAUUGUCCUAGAUG